AUGGCUGCUCGCCGCGGUCGUUUCCGAUCCAAACUGUGCAGGAACUUUGCCCUCGGGCACUGUCCCCAGGGGGACGCCUGCAACUAUCUGCACGCAUCCCCCGAGACGAUCCAGUCCAGUUCCGCCCCGUUUGGCCUCCAACCCUCGGUGAGAGCGGCUGCGAAGCCCCGCAGAAUUUUCGCAAGCCGAUGUGCUGACGCCUGGCCCACGCUCUCCCCGAUGACGACCGCGAGCGCAGAGCACCAGCCGGCGUACAGCUGGGCGCCGCCGCUGCCGCCGCCGCCGCCGUCGUCAGCGGGCCCGAGCGCGACUCAUCCCCAGACGCGGAUCAAGUACCGGCCGCUGUCGUGGCGCACGGCGCUCUGCCGUCAUUUCGUCAAGAACCGCGGGUGGUGUCCCAUCGGCGAGGAGUGCAAUUACAUCCAUGAUCUCGACCUUGCAGAGUUCGCGAAGGACGACGUGCGGUUCGCAGACCGCCGUGCGGGCGGUGCGGGCCAGGGCGUGAGCCAGGGCCAAGGCGGGCGCGGGCGUGGGCGGGCAGGGAGUAAGCACAGUCAUUGUUGGGCGUACGUGCAGGGCUUGUGCCAUGUGAACGAGUGCCAGUACAUGCACCCCGUCGCCGUCGAGCUCUUCGCCCCGCACACGCCGUGCCUCUCGUGGCCGAACUGCCGCCGCGGCGCGCUCUGCCAGUACAAGCACCCCGAGCCGUACAUCUCCACGUCCCCAUCCGCGUCCCCCGCGCCUCCGCCCGCGGCGCUGAGCCCGCCCCCGCAGCAGCACCCUCCCGUGGCGCACUCGGACGCAGUCCCGCGCGGUGCCGUGCCGUACAACGGUAUGUUCUACUUCAACAUGCCGCAGACGCAACCGCCGCCACCGCCGCAGCCUGCGGCGCUCCCGCCCGCGAUGUCGCUCUCGCCCGUGCAGCUCGUGCAGUCCCCGGUGGUGUUCACGAACCCGUGGCACUGGCCGCUCUCAUACUCGCCCCCGAUCAUGGGCUACCCGCACCCGCACCACGUCGCGUACGCCCCGCCCACGUGGCCGUCGCUGAGCCCCGUCGAGGCCCCGGCGUACCCGGGCCCAACGAUGCUCCCGCAGAUGCCCGGUCCCGCCCCGCCGACGUUCUCCCCGCCGCUGCAGCCCUUCUCGUUCCCCCCGCCCCCGCAGGCCAUGGAGUCCCUGCCGCAGACGGACCUGGCGCGGCCGACGCCGCUCGUGACGCGCUCGUUCUCCGCGGCGCCCGACGGAGACUUCCCGUACGUCGCGCCGAGGGAGCAGCGCGUCGGCCACGCGCGCCGCGUCAGCGUCACGAUCAAGAGCCGCGAGGACCUCGCCGGCCUCGGGCUCGACAGCACCGUCUCCGCGCACGAGCGGCUUCCGUGGCAGACUCACGGGGAUCGGGGCGAGCGCAGGAGUUGGGCUCCACCGUCGUCGGUGUUGCGGGUCCCGCGUCAGGCGGCGGCGUCGCCGCCGCUGAUGUAG